AUGGCUUCCCGAGUCUCGGGAUCCUACCGCGCUGGCCUGUUGGCCAUGCGACUCCCAGCUGCCCGGCUCACGGCCUCGGUUCCAGCGUCCCAAACCGCCAUCCGGCGCCUAGCCGGCUUACAAUCUUCGAUCCCCACGACCUGCACCCUGAAUUAUGCGCCCCGCCGAGAAUAUUAUACGCCUCCAUGGAGGGCCGGUCAAAAACCGCCAUGGAAAAGUCAUGGGGCAGACACUCAACCGUGGAAAGAGGGUCCUGGAGGUCAGAGGCAUAAGCCUCUGAUAUCCACCCUUUGGCUUCGCGACUCGUGCCCUUGUCCCCUUUGUGUCGACCCAGACUCGGGACAAAAGAACUUCUCGACUACCAGCCUUCCAGAGAACCCUGAGAUCGAGACAGCCCAGCUGGACAACGACGGUUCGCUCCGCGUCGUUUGGGCCAACGACCCCCUGAGCGGCGGGGCCCAACAUAUCUCUGUGUACCCCGUUGCAACGGUAGAGUACUUGAAGAAAUGGGACAGAGCUCCUAUGUAUCGGCACUCGCCCGGCGCCAGACUUCUCUGGGAUCGACCCAUGUUCGAGGGCCUUUUGGAUCAGGGUCGCGGCAAAGUCGAUUACCAGGACUGGAUGGCUGGCGGGGAUCAAUUCUGGCGAGCCCUCAACGACCUCCGUGAGAUGGGCUUGAUCUUUGUGCGCGGCGUGCCCUCUGACGAAGAGGCUGUCGAGCGCAUCGCGAAGCAAAUCGGCCCAAUCAUGGAGACGUUUUAUGGCCGAACCUGGGAUGUGCGCUCGAAGCCCAACGCUGAGAACGUAGCGUACACCAGCCAGUUCCUGGGUCUACACCAGGACCUCCUCUACUACCCCGAUGUCCCCCACCUGCAGCUCCUGCAUUGCCUAUCCAACGACGCUGAGGGUGGCGAGUCCCUGUUCAGCAACGGCGCCCGCGCCGCCGUCGAGCUGCACUUAGCCACACCAUGGAGUCGCACUACCCUGAAAACCCACCCCGUCACGCACGGCUACAAUAAAAACGGCCACGACUACACACGGACGAGUCCAACAAUCCUGCUUUCCCCCGACGCCUCCCAGGCCGAAACGCGCUGGUCGCCGCCGUUCCAGCAGCCCUUCCGCCCCCCACAAAAGGCCGAGCAUGUUCGGAACUUCAUCCGUUGGAAGCGCGCCGCAGCCCGGUUCCAAGAACUCGCCGAGUCCAACACGCACAUGUUCGAAACCAAGCUGCAGGAAGGCGAAUGUGUCAUCUUCAACAACCGCUACAUCCUCCACGGUCGCCGCGCGUUUGCCACCGGGAACCAGGGCGGUCGCUGGCUGAAGGGGACUUAUGUCAACGAAUACGAGUACAACCGCGCCAUGCUUCGUCUCGACCAGCACAUGCGGCCCAAGGCGAUUCCGGGGGCGUGGCCGAAACAGGGGACGGACUGGCGGAAGUUCCAGCGGCGGGAACGUGAGAUUGUUCGGGUUUCGAUGGAUAGGGCGAGUUAG